GAGCGACAUCUAGGAUGGAAAUGGCGCAGUAACGGUCUAGCUCCAGGGGGUGGCAGCAGUGCAACGUAAGGGAUGCGGGCUGCCGUAAAUCACCAACGAAGAAGACAAAAGCAGAAGCCCGACUGGAAAGAGGAAGAAAACAAACUCAAACGCGUCUUGUGACCUGCUGAUGAGCAAGCUGCCCACUCAGCUGGCGUCGGCAGCGUGCAUCAUUGUGCAGAGAUGGCCGGCCUGGCCCCGGCAAAGAGACGGCUUCCUGCUCAGCUUCUGCUCCUGUGGAUGCUGACCGGCUCCUCUGAGACCAGAUUGUUUCUGUUGGCUCCACAUGCUGUCACACUUGAGAAAAACUCUCAGGCCAACAUCAGCAUCGCUCCCAGUUCUCCUCUCAACCAGUCGGCUGUGAUUCAGUUAAAUGUGACCUUCAGCUCCAAGUUGAACUACACGUCUAUACUCACCGUUCCUGAGCAGGUGUUGCUGCCAGUGGAGGCAACCUCCGUCAGUUUCAAUGUGACGGCCCAUGAUGUCGGUCAGGUGACCACAUACCUGAUGAGCAACAACACAGAGCUCAACAGUUUGAACUUCAGGAUCCACUUCAUGGUCGUUCAUAGCAGCGUCCUGUCGGUGAUCAGCCAGCUGAUUGGCUGGCUUUACUUCCUGGCCUGGUCGGUGUCCUUCUAUCCACAAGCCUGGGAAAACUUCAGGAGGAAGAGUGUUGUAGGUCUCAACUUUGACUUCCUGGCUCUCAACCUGACUGGCUUCAUCGCCUACAGUGUCUUCAAUAUAGGACUGUUCUGGGUGCCUUAUAUAACGGAGGAGUUUCUGAAGACGAACCCAAAUGGAAUUAACCCCGUCAGCGCUAACGAUGUCUUCUUCAGUCUCCAUGCUCUGCUGCUCUGUUUGGUCUACAUCAGCCAGGCUGCUGUGUUUGAGAGGGGGGGUCAAAAGAUCUCCUGUACGGCCAUGUUCUUGUUGAUGAUUGGCUGGACUUUUGCCUUGAUCAGCUUGUUUCUGGCUGUAGCCAAACAGAUCACCUGGUUGGAUUACCUCUACUAUUUCUCCUACAUUAAGCUAGCAGUCACUCUGGUCAAAUAUGUGCCGCAGGCGUACAUGAACUACAGGAAACAGAGCACUGAAGGGUGGAGUAUAGGCAACGUGUUGCUGGACUUCACAGGUGGCCUCCUCAGUAUUCUACAGAUGAUCUUGCAGUCUUACAACAAUGACGAGUGGAGGCUGAUAUUCGGCGAUCCUACAAAGUUUGGCCUGGGUCUGUUCUCUGUGGUGUUUGACAUCCUCUUCAUGAUUCAGCACUACUGUCUCUACAGACGGCCAUCACAGUACCAAGCAAUUGCAGAGCAACAAGAUGACUGACGCUGACUGUUGACGGACUAUAGUCUGUAAACGACCGAUUUCUAUCAGUCAACAGCAACGAGCACACAAUAAAUGAUUCAAUCUGCUCAAGAGAAGCCCUGCUGGGUGUCAUCUUUGACUUCCAUCAUGGUAUGAUGCAGAGUUCUCUCACGCAGGCUUUACUCAUGUAGCUGCUUUGAGCUCAGUGUGCCGCCAUCUUAAAUAUGUCAGGAUCAGCGCUUUUGUUUUUUACCACUGUAUGAAAAUAUUAGAUAGGUGUAAGAAAAACGGAUGUAAUGACAACUGUGUAAACACUUUUUAUUAAAUGCCAUGUCACAACUGAA